CUGAAUAAAGAAAUGAAGAUGAUUGCCUUAUGAUGUAAUAUUGAAUAAAUUUUUACUAUGUUAAUUUAAUAAUAGAUUGCAGAUUUGUCUCUUGGUGAACUGGUGAGACCAAGUGAGCACCAGCAUCAUUGGUAAAGGCCACUGACUCCUGGCUAGCACCAUAAGUCAGCUAACAUUUUUCCUGUACAAUUGAUGUGUCAUAGGGAAAACACUAUUUCCUCUAGUCAAGUGGAUGCCAUGUUGCUCUUGACAAUGGCAAACUUAUCAGAUUAGUGAUUUAACAAAUGCAGGGUCAGAAAUUGUCUGAUUGAGUAAUGUCAUGAUGGGGGGGGAGGGGAAUUCAAUUAAGGAGGUCCCAUUGAUGAUAUAACUACAGAACGAAAAGAGCAAUGCGCAUCAAAUGCUGAAGCGCAAUUUUCUCUCCCUCCUGUAACCAUCCAUCCUGCUUCCCAUUACUUACCCCAUGGACAUGGAUAUCCUGUUCCACCAAUGUGCUUGUUACUCGCUUAACAUCUGUUCCCCUUUUUUACUGCUGAACAUGACAUAGAGGUUAGGGUUGAGAAAUAUUCAAAAAUCCAAAAUGUUAAAUUUUUGAAUCAAUACAUAAUGAUCAAUAGACAUGCUUGCAUUAAAUAUGUAAUCCAAAAUCCCAACCACCUCAUGCUAACAAUUCAAGGGGUCCUGCACAAGUUUUACUAUUUCAGGACGGUAAAUAUGUGUAAAAGAAACCGUGGUAUGUUAACUUGCUAAAUUUAACAAAAUAAAUAUACUAACUUCUAGGUAAAAAAGAGAUAAAAUUGUUGAUAUUAAAGUUUAAAAAGUCAUUAGGUUAAGAAAUGCAAAUGUGAGUAUGCAAAAAAACAGAACAUUUCUUAAACACCAAUUCUUGGUAUGUUAGCAACUAAAUAAGGCAUGUGCAACGUGGCAUAAUGAUAGAGGUGUUGCCAACGUGUGAAUACCAAUCCAAAGGUGCCAAUUGUCCAAAUAGAGUUUAAUUUCUCUAUAAAUAUUGUUAUCAUUUCUGGCAUUGCCAGCAACAACAUGCAACCACAACCUGUAAAUCAAAAAUCAUGUUGUAAAACUAUAGUACAACCUGCUCUUGAUAUAAAUCUUAAGCCGUUGCUUCAACCAUCAACUUCUGAGAAAUUUUCUCAUUCAUGGCUUAAAAUAUCUAUCGGAUCAAUGAUUUACCAGAAAGAUAGAGAUGAUGGUGGGGCAUGACACUGACUCUUUGCAAGAAAAUCCGGUACCAUUUCAGGUAAGGGUUAUUCAUUAUUGAAGUUAGCAAAAUCUUCUAUGAAUCACCACCUAGCUUGGUAAAAUAAUCUAUUGACACCAGUGACAUGAGAUUAAAACUUUUCCUUGGCAUGUAUGUUUGUGAUUUAUUUUUAUUAAUCAAAACCAUGAAUUUAG